AUCUGGGGCACCACCGCAUCCCCUCCCGGGCAGGCUUGCGGGUGCGGGAAGCGGCGAGGAGCCCCGGGUGCGGGGCGGGCAGCGGAGGCAGCCGCUGGGCUGCGCCUGCAAUCGGGCUCGGGGCUGCGGGACCAACGCGGAGUCGCCUUCAGCCACCGUCAGCCCCGACGCGGGGCCGGGGACCCCCGCAUCCACCGCCCGCUGCCGAGGCUCCGCCACCGUCGCCCGCAAGCACCCAGCCGAGCGAAGCUUCCUUCGCCUCUCCUUCUGGAAUGGAGAUUUCUUCCCACCAGUUCCACCUCUUGCAGCAACUGAAUGAGCAGCGCAGGCAAGAUCUGUUCUGUGACUGCAACAUCCUGGUGGAGGGGAAGGUCUUCAAGGCCCAUCGCAAUGUGCUGUUUGCCAGCAGCGGCUACUUCAAGAUGCUCCUCUCGCAGGGCUCGAAGGAGACCACCCAGCCCACCACGGCCACCUUCCAGGCCUUUUCUCCCGACACCUUUACGGUCAUCCUGGAUUUCGUCUACUCGGGCAAGCUGUCCCUCACGGGGCAGAACGUCAUCGAGGUCAUGUCGGCCGCCAGCUACCUGCAGAUGACCGACGUCAUCAGCGUCUGCAAGACCUUCAUCAAGUCCUCGCUGGACAUCAGCGAGAAGGAGAAGGAUCGUUACUUCAGCCUCUCGGACAAAGAGGUCAACUCCAACGGCGUGGAUCGGUCCUGCUUGUACGGCGCGGGCUGGAGGGCAGAGAGCAGCCCUCCGCGCCCGCACCUCAGUCCGGAGCAAGGGACAUGUAUGAUGGGGGGCAACACCUGGAGCAAUUUCAGCUACUACCCAGCCUCGCAGAGGAACGCCCAGCAGCAGCAGCAGCAGCAGCAGCUGUCCAAACACGAGCAGCGGCAGGACUCGGUGAAGAAGUCUCGGCACCUGGGCUUGCAGCAGCCCUCUGACAUCCCUCACUACAAGUCCAGCAAGCUGGAGGACAGGGCUGCCGAGCCCGCGGGCCACAUGGCGCAGCCCGAAGAGCAGGUGCCCAUUGAAGCAGAGGUUGAGACUCCUCAUGUGGGUUACCAGUACGGCCAAGGGGCAGAGGCCAUGCCCAGGGGCUUGGCCGUGUCGCAGCAGGAGCACGAAUCGCCUCGCUCGUCUGGCAAGGCCAAACCUGCCAAGCCAGAGGAGCAGUACGGGAGCAUGCCCUCCAUCCUGGGGGUGAUGGGCAACUGGGCUGAAGAUGACCUGCCCAGGAUGAGGUUCAAGUGCCCCUUCUGCACCCACGUGGUGAAGAGAAAGGCAGACCUGAAGCGUCACCUGCGCUGCCACACGGGAGAGAGGCCCUACCCCUGCGAGGCCUGCGGGAAGCGCUUCAGCCGCCUGGACCACCUCAGCAGCCACUUCCGAACGAUCCACCAGGCCUGCAAGCCCAUCUGCAGGAAGUGCAAGCGCCAUGUGACCGAGCUGACGGGACAGGUGGUGCAGGAGGGCACCAGGCGCUACAGACUCUGCAACGAGUGCCUGGCCGAGGCGGGCAUAGACAGCAUCCGCAUUGACUUGGAGGCUGAGGCGCCCCUGGAGUUCCCCCAGGAAGGGGACAAAGACUCCAGGUGGCACUAUGGGGAAGACAACAAAUCCGACGUGGAGAUCGUGGAGGAUGGCUCCACCGACUUGGUCAUCCAGCAGGUGGAUGACAGCGAGGAUGAAGCAGAGGAAAAGGAAGUGAAGCCAAACAUUAGGUAGCUGGGAGACGGCGCUCAGGAGUGAGUGGCAGAGGGAGAAAUGUACUGUCCUUGACCGUCAGCCCUCCGCCAGCCUGCUCACCCUGGAGAGCCAGGCUGGGUCCUCUUGGACAGGUCCAGAUUUGCAUGGGUUUUUUUUUAAUGGAUGUGCCAUGGAGUCCAGUCUGAGUUUGGUUUGGGGGUUUUCAUUUUUGUUGUCAUCAGAAUACCCAUCCCUGGCUUCUUUAGGAAGGGAUCCGCCCUUGAGACAAUGCAGGAACGAAGAGACUGAAGUGCUGCAAGGAGAAUGUUUUAUAGUAGUCCCUGAGUCGCUUCUCAGAACCUCUUUCCAAGGGGGUUGAGGUCUAAAUGCUUCACAAGUCACACACAGUACUGUAAAGGGCCCAGGUCUGAAGCUGCAGAGAUGUGGGGUUGUGUGUAAUGCCAUCUGGGGAGGAUCAUAGGAUCAAGCAGGUUGGAAGAGAGCUCCAAGCUCAGCCAGCCCAGCCUAGCACCCAGCCCUGCCCAACUAACCAGACCAUGGCACUAAGUGCCCCAGCCAGGCUUGGCUUCAACACCUCCAGCCACAGCCACUCCACCACCUCCCUGGGCAGCCCAUUCCAAUGCCAAUCACUCUCUCUGCCAACAACUUCCUCCUAACAUCCAGCCUCAACCUGCCCUGGCACAGCUUUAGACUCUCUCUCCUUGUUCUGUUGCUGCUUGCCUGGCAGCAGAGCCCAACCCCACCUGGCUACAGCCUCCCUGCAGGCAGCUGCAGACAGCAAUGAGCUCUGCCCUGAGCCUCCUCUGCUGCAGGCUGCACCCCCCCAGCUCCCUCAGCCUCUCCUCACAGGGCUCUGCUCCAGCCCCUCUACAGCCUUGCUGCCCUUUGUGGCAUUGCCCAGAAAUAGGAAUAGCUUCUCCCACAUCUGUAUAUAAAGUAAACUUCUCUUCAGUGUUUAGAAAUGAAGAGAAUACCCCAUGAAAAUUCAUGGCAUCUUAGAAUGCCAGGUUGGAAGAGACUCCCUCCAAAAGAUUAUCUGGGCUAACCUUAACCUUCCUGAUAUCAUCAUAUUAGGAUAAGGGUGGGGGGGUGGAAGGGCAGCUAAUGAAGGAGAAGCAUCAAAAAUGCAUCUGGGAAAAGAACCAUUUCCUGGUGAAAUGGGUUAGAGUAAGGAGAAUACUGAGCAGGUCUUCCAAGGCUUCAAGGAUCAGGGGGCUGCAGCACCUCUGCUCCCAGGACAGGCUGAGGGAGCUGGGGUUGUU